UUUAGGUUUAAUCCUUCUACCGAGCAAGUCCGUCCCUCACACUAGAUAAAAUUCUUUGGACAGCCAUGGCGACCGAGAACACCAAAAAUCAUAUCAAUAACCACCAAAUAGACCGUCGUUCUGUAUUCGAUCUACCACCCAACAUAUUCGAUUCAUGUAGCAUACUCUCAGAUACAUCUUUAUCUUCAUCGGCAAGUUAUUCCCACUCCAUUCCAUCUGAAAUCUCUACUAAUGAAGAAGAAAACGAAGAAACCCUAAUUCAAGAGAAAGAAGAAGAUAAAGUUACUAAGAAGAACAAUUUUAUACCUAGAUGGUCUUGUAAUACUUGUAAAGCUGAGUUUGAGUCUCUUCAAGAUCAACGUUCUCACUUCAAAUCAGACCAUCAUCGUUUCAAUAUAAAAUUAAGCAUUUCCGGAAAAGAUACAAUAAAGGAGGAAGAUUUUGAUGAAUUGGCUUCUGAUUCAGUAUUCAGAGAUUACGAUGAUAUGUCAAGUAUAUCUGGCUCGGAAGAUGAAGCUGAGAAAAGCUCCUUCCCAAGCAAUGAGGCGCAAAGGAGAUUAGCAGAAAGUUUUAAAAGGAAGUUUUUUAUCCGUCUUCAGACAGGGAAAGUUGUUUCUCUUUGGAAGUGUUUGCUUGUAAAGGAAAAUGAGAAUCUCUUGUUUGACAACGGGCUAAAUGAUCACAAGUUCAAUGAUGGGCAUACAUCAUACUUGAAGGAGAAUGAGCUUGUUGAGAGGUUGAAAAGAUUGAGCCAUGAGCCUCGUGAUAAAAGCCAGUUGAGGAUUGUGUUGCUUGCAAGUGGUGGGCACUUUGCGGGCUGUGUCUUUGAUGGGAAUUUGGUUGUGGCCCACAAAACAUUCCAUAGAUAUGUUGUGAGAGCUAAGGCUGGGAAGCAACAGUCAGCUCAUGAUGGUGCUGGCAAAACUGCGCAUUCUGCAGGAGCUUCUCUUCGUCGAUAUAAUGAACUUGCUCUGAAGAAGGAAAUUCAAGAACUACUUGCUGAUUGGAGGCCUUAUUUUGAUGCUUCAUCAUGCAUUUUUGUCAACGCUCCAUCAAACAGUCGUCAGCUGCUUUAUAAUGGGGAGAAGCCAUAUUUUAGUGAUCCACAUAAUGUUGUUAAGCAUGUCCCUAUCACUGUUCGUAGGCCUACCUUAAAGGAAACUAAGCGCAUCUAUGAUCAAUUAACAAAUAUGGUCUAUGAGGUUGAUGAGCAGGUAUCGUCACAAACCCUAAAAGAGGAUUUACCAGUGGGUGCAAGUGACGCAGGGAAAAACAAACCCGAGUCUAAGAAAGACCAUUUGGUGGCUCACAUGAAGAAAAAGGAAGUUGUUGAAGAAUUUAAAGUUAAUGAAAGUUCUGAUGAACUGUCUGGACCCAUCGAAAAUAAAGUUAUUGGUGUAUCAACACCUUUACAUGUUGCAGCAUUUUGUGGCAACACGCAACAUAUACUGGAGCUUCUGGAACUAGGUCUGGAUCCUUGUGCUAUAGAUGAAAGAGGACGAACACCGUAUAUGUUGGCGACAGAGAAGGAGGCUAGAAACACAUUUAGACGAUUCAUGGCUUUAAAUCUUGACAAGUGGGAUUGGAACGCUGCGAAAGUGCCUAGUCCACUAACAAAAGAGAUGGAGGAGUCUCAAUCUGUUAAACAGGCGGAAAAAGAUGCCAAGAGGAAAGAAAAAGCUAAAGAAUUGAAGAAGUUGAAGAAAGCAAAAGAAAAGAAGGCUCAGGCUGAGGCAGCUGCCCGUGCAAAAAGUGCUCCAACUAUGUCACAGGGUCAGAGUUCGAGAUCUGUACCUAAACAGCAGGUGCAAUCUUCUAGGACACCACCCCUUUCUAAAGAGGAGGAACUGAAAAGGGAAAGAGAAAAAAGAGCACUUGCAGCAGAGAAGAGAAUGGCGGCAGCUGCUGCACUUGCUCAGGAUACCAACAAAACUGCAGCACCACCAACUGUUUCAGGGCCCAGCACUGGGACAUCAGAUGGCCUCAGUUGUUCGUGUUGUAAGGUUUCUUUGGCUGGGAAAGUUCCUUUCAGUAGAUAUAACUUCAAAUACUGCAGCACUUCAUGCAUGCAUGUCCACAAAGAAUUGCUGGAGGAUGAAUAAUACUAAGAAUUUUUUUUACCCUUCCAUUAUAACUCAAUACAGCUCCAAUCGACACCGCUGUUUUUUUCUUAUCUUUGGCAUAAAUCAACAGUGCAUUCACUUAAAUUUCUUCCUUUUUUUUAUCA